AUGACUGGUUUCGGAGCCAUUCCUCUCGCAGAGGAAGGUGCGGAGGACAACGACGACUCCCAUCUCACAGGAGUUGCCAGGAUUCUUGGCCCGCGUUGGCUGCAACUUCCAGCUCUGACCGUCGGUCUGCUCGGCGUGCAAGUCUUUUGGUCGAUCGAGAUGUCUUAUGGUACACCUUACCUAAUCUCCUUGGGUCUCUCCAAGUCGGCAGUCGCCACUGUCUUUCUUGCAGGACCUCUUUCUGGACUCGUCGUCCAACCUUUGAUUGGUGUCCUCGCCGACAACUCCAAGUCACGGUUCGGACGCCGGAGACCCUACAUGCUUGCCGGAACAUGUAUAUGUGUGACUGCCAUGCUCCUGUUAGGCUUCACCCGACCUUUCGCUACCCUCUUCACUCCGUCCGGCUCCAUAGCGAAUCGUCUGUUAACAAUUUGGCUUGCGAUCGUCGCUCUCUUUGCGGUCGACUUUUCUAUCAACGCAGUGCAAGCAGUGGAUCGCGCUCUGCUAGUUGAUACAUUGCCACCGUCAGAUCAAGCGGAAGGGAAUGCUUGGGCCGCUCGCAUGCUCGGUAUCGGGAGCGUCGCAGGAUAUUUUAUAGGCAAUGUCGAUUUGACUACCGUGCUCCCAUUCUUAGGUGAUACCGAGCUCGAAGUACUGUCGAUUUUAGGAUCAUUCUUGCUUGUUGUGAUGCAUCUCGUCACUGCUCUCUGUACAAAAGAGAGGGUGGUGGUUGCGAACAAAGCAGCGAAGAAGAGCUUUCGCAAAGAGCUCAGCGAUCUCUGGUAUAACGCACGCAACUUACCAUCCAUCAUCCGACAGAUCUGUAUGAUACAGUUCUUCGCAUGGAUAGGUUGGUUCCCUGUCCUCUUCUACACAACCGAGUUUAUCGCAGAGCUGCACAAGCGCGUGCACCCGGACAGCGCGGAUGAUCCCUCCUUGAAUGCCGAGGCAACACGCCUCGGCUCGCGCGCGAUGUUCUACAGCUCCAUCCUCAGCCUCGCGUCGAACGUGGUGCUCCCAUUCUUUGUCUGCGAGGCGGCCAGUAGUCGUAAACUGCUGGAGCGCACGCUCAACGAGAGUAAAAGUAGGUGGGCGAAGAUGUAUGAACGGAUCAAGAUACAUCUCGCGAUGCUGUGGGCUGUCUCGCAUCUAAUCUUUGCGGGGUGCAUGGCAGCUACAUUUUUCUACUCGAGCGUCUGGGGCGCGACCAUCUUCACAACGUUGACUGGGUUUUCAUGGUCCAUUACGCAAUGGGCUCCAUUUUCCCUGCUCGCAGAAGCGAUUCUCACCGAGAAUGCACCAGGAGAUGAUACCGGAUCCAUUAUGCUAAACGACACACGGCGGAGAUCUCGCGACCUCACAGCCGAUGCGGAAGAACAUGAGCGGCAGUUCCUUGUUGCGAGUGGCGAAGGGUCGCGUGACAGCGACGACGACAGCGGGCUGGAGGCUGAGGUGCAGUCAUUCCGAUCGUCCGCCUCGAUGGACGGGCAGGAACACGAUGAGAUACAGGAGCUUCGCGGCGAGAUCAUGUCGAACUUGUCGGCGCAGACAAGCCACCUCCACGUGCCGACUGUUGCGCAUAGUGAGCCUGACCGGGCGCCGCGAGAGCACAGCGGUGGGCUUGCAGCGAAAGCUGGCGUCAUCAUCGGCAUACACAACAUAUUUAUCGUGAUGCCGCAGUUUAUUAUGACGGGCAUCGCGUCCAUCGUUCUUGCGCUAGCAGAUGGCGGCUCAGCUGACGACCGCUCCCACGCGAUCGAAGCUGGGAACGGUACCUCUACUCCGGCGGACUUGCCGCAAGGUUCUGAUCUACUAUUGAGGGACGACGCUGCGGCAGCUGGGAGACCGAAUUCCUACGCGAUAGUAUUCAGGCUAGGAGGAUUGGCCGCUGCGGUUGCCUUUGUGCUCACUGUUCGAUUAGCGCACGAAUUGCGCCGACGAUGA